AGAAGGCCGAAGCUUUGAUUCAAAUCAAUUUAUAAGAUUUCUCCAAAUUUAUCCAAAAAUUUCUAUGUAAACCCAAAUGCAAAAUCCCAUUUUCCCACUCUCCUUUUUGUUUUCCAUAGCAAUCCCAAUUCUCUUUGUCCACAAUUUCUCUGCUGAAUCAACCCUUUGCUCUCAGCCAAUGGCCACCACCACCACCACUUUAGGAGGAGUCCACCCUUCUCAAGGAUCCCAGAACAGCGCCGAGCUCGAAAACCUAGCUCGAUUCGCCGUCGACGAGCACAACAAGAAAGAGAAUGCGAUGGUUGAGUUUGUGAGGGUGGUGAAGGCCACCGAGCAAGUGGUGGCUGGGACACUUCACCAUUUGACGGUGGAAGCUAUGGAUGCCGGCAAAAAGAAGCUUUAUGAAGCUAAAGUGUGGGUCAAGCCUUGGAUGAACUUUAAGGAAUUGCAGGAGUUUAAACAUGCUGGUGAUGCUGAUGAUUCCCCUUCUUGUACUGCUUCUGAUCUUGGUGUCAAGAGAGAUGUCCAUGGCCCUGGAUUGCAAGCUGUGCCAACACAUGAUCCCGUAGUUCAGGAUGCUGCAAAUCAUGCUAUCAAAACCAUACAACAGAGAUCUAAUUCCCUGGUGCCUUAUGAACUUAAAGAAAUAGUUCAUGCCAAGGCUGAGGUGGUCGAAGAUUUCACCAAACUUGACAUGCUUCUCAAGGUCAAGAGGGGAGACAAGGAAGAGAAGUUCAAGGUCGAGGUGCACCAUAAGAGCGAAGGGACUUACCAUCUGAACCGCAUGGAGCCAGAUCACUCUUGAAGCUAAUGUGCCUGUAUGCCGUGAGUGGUUGAAUCUAAUAUUAUCUUAUAUUAUGGAUAUGGUUUGAACUUUGCAGCAUGUGCUGAUCUUACGAAAACCUAUGAAUAUGGUUUGAACUUUGCAUAA